AUGGAAGCUCAGGUGGCGACCUUGGAUGGGGAGAGGAGUGAGUUCGCGCUUGGGAUUUGUCACGUGAAGGCCGCAUGUCUGGCUGCUGGUGUAGAGAAUGGAAAGCAAGUGGCACGCACGUGGUCAGCUGGUAAUAGCCUUGGCUCGUCUGAUCCGAACGUUGUGGCACAAUCCAUUGAUGCAAUGCAUGCUGCUAUUAGGGCUUUUUCCGAGACGGACUUCGUGUCCUACCUUCGUUUGGGUGAGCUCAGCCUUGCUGAUCUUCGCCAAUUGUACUCUGAGGAGGAGGAACACGUGCUAGACGGUGGCGUUGGGGGCACUGCUUUGACUCAACCUCGCCGGGAUUAA